GUUCACCAGUGUACGUACAAGCCAUUCUCCACACUCGUACGGGUUCUUGCCUUUGGAUCUUUCAGUUUAUCUUUGAUCUGGGUCUGACGCUGUGAUGUCCAAAAGGCGAGUGACAUAUUACUACGACGCUGACGUCGGCGCGUUUACAUAUGGCCUCGGCCAUCCAAUGAAGCCUCACAGGAUACGGAUCACUCACGACCUUGUUUCUGCCUACGGAAUGCUCGGGAAGAUGCAGGUUUUACGCCCAAAACGCGCUACCCCAGAAUCCAUGACCGCGUUCCAUACGGACGAGUAUAUCCACUUCUUGAACCGUGUUGUGCCCGAAACUGCAGAGGAACUUACAUUCCAUGGGACACGCUUUUUGGUAGGCGAAGACAAUCCGGCGUUUGAGGGCGUCUUCGAAUUCUGCUCAAUAUCGGCUGGUGGCUCAAUAGCUGCCGCUCAAAGCAUUUCUUCCGGAGCAUCUGACAUCGCUAUAAAUUGGGCUGGGGGGUUACACCAUGCCAAGAAGCGCGAAGCCUCAGGUUUUUGCUAUAUCAACGACAUCGUACUAGGGAUACUGGAGUUGUUGCGGUCCUAUCCCCGCGUGUUAUACAUUGAUAUCGAUUGCCACCAUGGAGACGGCGUAGAGGAAGCGUUUUACACAACUGAUCGGGUUAUGACAUGCUCAUUUCAUAAAUUUGGAGAAUACUUUCCGGGAACAGGUACCCAGGAAGACAAAGGGAAGGACAAGGGGCGGAAUUAUACAAUCAACGUGCCACUGAAAGAUGGAAUCACGGACGAGGCUUUCAAAAGCGUCUUCGAACCCGUCGUGUCCAAGAUCAUGGAUGUUUAUCGACCGAGUGCAGUCGCAUUGCAGUGUGGUGCGGAUUCCUUAGCUGGAGACAAACUGGGCUGCUUCAAUAUAACGAUGCAUGGUCAUGCUAGUUGUGUUCAAUUCCUGCGACAGUUUAAUGUUCCUCUUAUUCUUUUCGGUGGUGGUGGCUACACGGUCAAAAACGUUGCACGUACAUGGACGUACGAAACUGCCUGUGCGCUGGGCAUCGAAAAAGAGAUAGAUCCCAAUUUACCCUGGAACGAGUACUUCGAAUGGUUUGGGCCACGCUACCGCCUGGAAGUCCCGGAGAACAACAUGGAUGACUUGAACGUGAAAGACGGGUCGUUGGACAAAGUCAGGCAUAAUGCAUUGCAACAGCUAUCAGAGAUUCCAUGCGCCCCAUCCGUUGGGAUGCACGAAGUACCGAGGGAAUCUGUUGGUAAGCAUCUCGGCUUGGAGGUCGACGCUGGCAGGGAUGAGGAUGGUGUGAUGGAUGACCUGGAUCGUCGACUAACGCAGCAUGCACGCUAUGUGUACAGGAUGCAAGAGGCCGCUGCAUCAGAUCAGUCUGACGACGACAGAUAUGACUCGGAUGCUUCAUCACAGAAACGGCCUAGAAAACGAAUGAGCAUUAUCACGAAUCGCUACCUUGACGUUGACGCUAGGAAGACCGCUCCCCCACGACGGUUUUUCAGAAGCUCGGCGAAGUGGGAUGAUAUUGGCUGUCGUAUCGGGCUUGUGGGAGAGCCAGUUCUUCAGAACGGAGCCAGGCAUGGCGGUUUACCUGCGCUGAUGGAAAGCGGUGGGCGGGGUACACCUGCAGUCGAGAUGAAUAUGGAUGAGGAUUGGGAAGACGGGGCAUCUGUGUAGUUCUAACUCUUCAUUUUUCAUAUGUACUUACCGCUGUUCCUGGUCUGUAUCCGUAGCAAGGCAUGCUAGCCCAUUACAUAAUCAAAGCGAACUCUGACACUCACAUCAGGA